UCUGCCCACCCCCGAGCCUGCCCCCUCUUCCACUCCUCACUUCCCGAUGCCCCCGCCCCGGCCUCCGCACGCGUGCGACGCCCAUCAGGGCCGCUGGUAACCGGAGAACCUCUUCUCCUCUCUCCGGUGCAUCCUUUGCCCUCCCCUUCUCCCUUACUCUUCCUCUCCCUCACUUAUCCCCUCUUCCUCGUCUCGUGACGUUCCCCUCCGGAGCGGCACUGCACGGUGAGCUGCCCAAGCCACCGCCGCAGGACGGAGGAAUCGUUAUUUCCCUACGGAAACCCUAGUCUUUUGUUCCCACUUUUUCUCUCUCACUCCUGUCUCCUCGUCACUCCGACCCACCUCCUCUCGAGCGGGUGGGAUCCCGACGUCGGCGAAGCCCCCUUUGCUACUCCCAUUUCCACAUUUGGAACUGAUCCGUUGGCCUUUUGGAUCGCAGUGCAAACGAUCACAAUCAGCUUGGGGGUAAGGACUAAGGAUGCGAUGGACCGCGAUGAUCAUGCUGAAUAUAUUUCUGGAUACCAUGUGAAGCCAGGGCAAGAAAUCCCUUCAGAAUUAGACAGUCUUUCUCAGCCAAAGGGGGAUUUGUCAUCCCAUCUUCAGCAUACUGGGCCUGUAGAACAACUGAGCAGAACUGGAUCUCCUGGCGCAAUAACAACCAUGAUUGGGUCUUCAGUAUCCUUAUUGCGUUCUACAGGCCCAAAAUCUACAAAAGGAAAUAACAGAGGUGAUUUAGCAGAUUCUGCGAACAUAUUGAAUCUGAAACCAAAUUCUUCUUCCCGAUGUAACUUUUCUGGUGAAGCUAACCGACAUGUUCACAAGGCUCAAAAUCUGACUUCUCGUUCUCAGUCCAUUGAAGCCAUUCGAGGUCAUUAUAACUCACAAACAAUCACUUCAAUUUCUCAUGAGCGACAGGUUGGGCUUCUUAAUAAACAAAAUCAUACUAAACCAAUAGGGACCAAAGAGACUGUCUUUGGCUAUCAAAAGUUUGGAAGGAGUAGUAAUUAUGGAUCAUACAGAAACACUCGAGAUUCAAGUGAGAAUGUUUGGGGUCCACGGGCUAACAGAGACACAUACAAGAGGUCUUUUGGCUCAACGAAUGGAAAAUUGUAUGCAAAUCAGCUUGUGUGCAGAAAUAAAUAUAAUAAGCCAGAUUUUCAGAGUAAACAUGACAAGGCCAAAUUCUUCAUGAUAAAGUCAUUUAAUGAAGAUGAUAUUCACAAAAGCAUCAAAUAUAAUGUGUGGACAAGUACUCCACUAGGUAAUGAAAAGUUGGAUGCUGCAUUUUGGGAUGCACAGGGAUUAAUGGAGAAGGGUUCAAAGUGCCCAAUUUUCCUGUUCUUCUCUGUUAAUUCCAGUGGCCAGUUUGUUGGGUUGGCUGAGAUGCUUGGACCUGUUGAUUUUAACAAGAACAUGGAUUUCUGGCAGCAGGAAAAAUGGAAAGGAUUUUUGCCACUCAAAUGGCACAUUGUAAAAGACAUACCAAACCAAAUGUUUCAGAAUAUUACACUUGAAAACAAUGGAAACCAUCCUGUAGUUUUUAGCAAGGACACUCAGGAGAUAGGGCUUCCACAAGGUCUCCAAAUGCUGCAAAUUUUCAAAAACUACAUUCCAAGAACUAUGCUGCUUGAUGAUUUUGAGUUCUAUGAACAAAGAGAGAAGUCACUGCAGGCUAUUAGGAGACGACGAUCUGCAAGGAUGAAUUCUGAUAGAGAGUUUUAUGGCAAUAGCAAUCAUGUGAAGCACGUGGAAGAGGCAGCCAGUAAUCUGAAUGUGACUGGGAAGUCCAGAAACAGGUUUGAUCUUCCCUCUCCGUCCAACGGCAGAAGAUUUGGUUCAUAAUAGCACAUCCAUUUAUCUUUCACUACUAGUUGCCUUAAGCCAAAUUGUAGCUCCUUCGUUAUCUUAUUUACGUUUCACAAACUGUAGCUUCUCUGUCAAUCUUUUUUUACACAUCGAUACUCAUUGAUUGCAUCGAUGUCAAGGAGAAAUAUGAGAAAUUGAAACUUUAUGUCAAAGAAACCGUUUCCUUUGGUUUUCUCUUUUAACCAGCCAUCA